AUGGAGGUCAACAAGCACAUUAAGACGGCGAUGUGGGUGGUGCUGAACAUUGUUAUCAUUACCUGCUUUAUUGCUCCUGAUUAUGCAGCAGAGAACCUUCGAAAUCUUAGUCAAGGGUUUCAGUCGUAUACUGGUGGUAAUUUCAGUCGAGUACAUGAUUCAGAAGGUUCAAGUACUGAUCCUACAUUGCUAAAGAAUGCCGAAGCAGUCAUAAGGUUAUUUGAAAGGCAGCCUGCACAACGUUCUAACACAACAGCUCUUGCUGAUUAUGUGAAAGCUUUAGUUAAAGUUCAUAGGCUAGAGGAAGGUGAAUUGCUCAACGCACUGCAAAGAGGUGUUCUUGGAACUGCUAGCGCUCCUAUUCACAUGGUGACAGUAGACCAAGGGGAUUUCAAGGCGAAGUUAUGGCGUAUUUUCCUCAACUAUAUAUUGCCAAUCCUCAUUCUUAAAGCAUUCAUGGGGAAAGGGGGAUUGCUUAAUGGUAUGCCAUUUGCUAUGGGAUUAAGUGAAGAGACCGAACCCAGCACCAAGUCUGGUACAAAAUUUAGUGAUGUUAAGGGAGUUGAUGAGGCCAAAGCGGAGCUAGAAGAAAUAGUCCAUUAUCUUCGUGACCCUAAGCGUUUCACAAGUCUAGGAGGUAAGCUCCCUAAGGGAGUCUUGCUUGUCGGUCCACCUGGGACAGGUAAAACCAUGCUAGCAAGAGCUAUUGCGGGAGAAGCUGAAGUGCCAUUCUUCUGCAAAAGCGGGAGUGACUUUGACGAAAUGCUUGUUGGCGUGGGACCAAGGAGAGUGAAGGACCUAUUUGCUGCAGCAAAGAAGUGCGCUCCAUGUAUUAUUUUCAUUGAUGAGAUAGAUGCAUUUGGAAAGAGUCGCAACCCCGAAGAACAGAAACACCCGGAGACCUUGUAUCAGUUUCUUGUCGAGCUUGAUGGCUUUAAACAAAAUGAUGGAGUUAUUGUGAUUGCGGCAACUAACUUCCCCGAAUCUUUGGAUAAAGCACUUAUUAGACCUGGACGUUUUGAUCGUAACGUUGUUGUUCCGCUUCCAGAUGUUGAAGGUCGGAGACAGAUAAUGGAAUCUUACAUGUCAAAGGUUCCCGGUGGAGGAGAUGUUGAUCUAAGUAUAAUCGCCAGAGGAACAUCUGGGCUCUCAGGUGCAGAGCUUGCAAAUAUGGUGAACGUUGCAGCCAUCAAAGCCGCAAAGGAUGGUGCUAAAGAAGUGAGCAUGGCUGAUUUAGAAUAUGCAAAGGAUAAGAUUAUGAUGGGAAGUGAACGCAAAUCAGCUGUGAUUUCUGAAAAAUCUCGAAAACUAACAGCUUUCCAUGAAGGUGGUCAUGCUUUAGUAGCCAUCCAUACAGAUGGAGCUCGUCCAGUUCACAAAGCAACAAUAGUUCCCCGAGGAAUUGGAAUGACUCUUGGAAUGGUAGCUCAAUUGCCCGAUAAAGAUGAUGAAACUAGCGUUACUUGCAAGCAAAUGCUUGCUAUGUUAGAUGUUUGCAUGGGAGGGAGAGUAGCGGAGGAAAUUAUAUUUGGAAAAACUGAAGUAACUGCAGGUGCAUAUUCAGAUUUCCAACAAGCAACAUCAUUAGCCAGAGCGAUGAUCACAAAAUAUGGAAUGAGCGAAAAAGUUGGGCUCGUCACUCACAAUUAUGAUGAUGAUGGGAAGAGUAUGAGCACUAAAACUAGACUUCUUAUUGAAAAGGAGGUGAAAGAUUUACUGGACAGGGCUUACACUAACGCGAAAACCAUCCUAACUAGUCACAGCAUAGAACUACACGCACUAGCGAAUGCCCUACUGCUGAAAGAAACACUCACUGGAGCUCAAAUCAAGGCUUUACUUGAGCAAAUGAGGUUUCAGCCUGUUUUGAAUGAUUCGAAAAACAAGAGGAUUCCAGUGAGAGUUCCUAAACCGAGUUUUCGCGUUAAACGCCUAGGGUACGCAAGUUCCUAG